UUAGUAUAAAAUUGUGUGUCAUCAAGUAAAUAUUAUUAUUAACCACUCCAAGUUAAAUAGCUACAGACAUGAAAACCUUAUUGGUUUUUGUACUCACAGUACAAUUUUUGUUAUGGCAAGCUCACUCAGUUGAAUUCCGUUGUGAAUUCGGGUACAGAUUGGAUCACGGUUAUCCCUGUCAAGUGACUAAAGGUUUACUCGUUAAUGAUAAUGAAGCGGUGACCUUUGUUGGAAAUCACCAAGCUGGAAAAGACGAUAACGACCUAAAAUUGAUUUCAUUCAGUGGCAAUAGACACCUUCGCUUGCAUUAUUUUCCAAGAGAAACGUUCAGUAAAUUUCCGCAUCUUGAUGAUUUCAGUCUUCAAAACUGUCAAUUAAGAAAUCUAAAAAAUGGCGACUUUAAAGAUGCAGGAAAUUUGAGAAAUUUGAAUUUGGAUUCAAAUGAACUUUUUCAACUGAACUCGACGACUUUUGCAGGAGCUUCAAAUUUACAGUGGCUUGGUCUUGCAUCAAACGACAUGCGUACAAUAAAUAAGGACGCCUUCAAGGGUCUGUCGAAAUUACAAAUGCUGAUACUGUCACAAAAUAAACUGCAUGAACUACAUCGUGAAACAUUCCAUGAUCUCGUUGAUCUAUUAGAAAUUUUAGUAGAUAGAAACGAAUUGGAAACAUUACCAGCAGGACUUUUCGAUCGAAGCUUGAAACUCCAGAGAAUUUGGUUUCAAAAUAACAAGAUAAAUGUCAUCGAUCCACAAUUCUUCACACCUUUACAAAAUAUAAAAUUCAUCAACCUUGAAGGCAACGUUUGCGUGAAUGAACUUUUUAGAAAGCAAUAUCGUGAAACUGAAGUGAUGCUCACAGACGCAUUAAAGAAUUGUAAUCCUACGCCCACUGCAAAAACCUCUAAAAAUUAAAUGUUAUCAUUUUAUUAACUAUCGCUUUUGUAGGUAGUGUCAGUCGAGUGCAUAUUUCAUAAAGUAUGUAAAUCAUGAGAAUAUAUUCAAAACAUAUUAAAGCAACUUUGUAGUAUUUCAAAUCAUUUCAGUGAUCUAA